AUGGAAGCAAAGUUCUCUGAGGCAGAAGGAGCUCCAUCAGAAGAAAGUCAGAAGGCACAGGCCCAGGAGGAUCCCCAAGGUGCCCCGUCAAGUGGCAGAGAAGAGAUGUUGUCAACCUGUCAUCUUUUCAGGGGAGUGGAAACGGCUGCUCCACCUCUGGUCCAGGUGGCCGUGUAUUUCACCAAGGCCGAGUGGGCCUUGCUGGCUCCUGGCCAAAGAGCCCUCUACAGGGACGUCAUGCUGGAGAACUACGGGAGUGUGGCCUCCCUGGCAGCAGAUGUAGAGGAGACAGCUGGGGAAUUCCAGAUGUUCCCUUUGGAAAACGUCAAGAAUGAAGAUGCUGUAGGACACUUUGGAGGUGGAGAUGGACCACAGAGGCAGGAGAAAAGCCAUGCAGGGCGGGAUUCCCAAGAAGUAAUGCACAUGGAGAAAGAAACAUACAAGUACUUGGCGUGUGGAAAGAACUUCUUAGAUCAAUGCCAGUAUAAAGUCCAUUUACGAAUGCACAGUGGAAAGAGGAAACUUCAAUGGCUGGAAUGUGGAAAGACCAUGAUUGGCAGAGCACAGCUCCUUAGAGGUCAAAGAACACAUAAAGGAGAGAAACCUUAUAGCUGCUCAGACUGUGGCAAGAGAUUCUCAGAGAAAUCAGACCUUGUUCGACACCAAAGGAAUAAUUCAGGAGGGAAGAAGUUUAUUUGCUCAGAGAGUGAAAUGAUGCUCUUAAUGGGAGGAAAAACUAAUAUACAUUUUCGAAAGCACAGUAAAAUGAAUGCAUCUAAAUGCUUUUGGUGUGGAAACUACUUCAAAUACAAAUCACAGCUCCUUGUGCACCAGAAAAUCCACAGAGUGGAGAAGCCUUUUAAAUGUUUAGAGUGUGGGAAGAGAUUCAGUCGCAGUGGCAAUCUUCAAUUACAUCUAAGAAUUCACACAGGGGAGAAGCCUUUUGAAUGCUCAGAGUGUGGGAACAGAUUCCGUACCAGUGGCAGUCUUCAGAAUCAUCAAAGAACCCACACAGGGGAUAAGCUGUUUGAAUGCUCAGAGUGUGGGAAGAGAUUUAGACAGAAUAGCCAUCUUCAGAAUCAUGCAAGAACCCACACAGGGGAGAAGCCUUUUGAAUGCUCAGACUGUGGAAAGAAAUUUAGACAAAGUAGUCAUCUUCAGAAUCAUGCAAGAGCCCACACAGGGGUGAAGCCUUUUGAAUGCUCAGAGUGUGGAAAGAGAUUUACUCACAGUCGCAGUCUUCAAGAACAUCAAAGAACCCACACAGGGGAGAAGCCUUUUGAAUGCUCAGAGUGUGGGAAGAGAUUCACUUGCAGAAGCACUCUUCAAGCUCAUCGAAGAACCCACACAGGGGAGAAGCCUUUUGAAUGCUCAGAGUGUGGGAAGAGAUUCAGUUACAGUGGCAGUCUUCAAAAACAUCAAAGAACCCACACAGGGGAGAAGCCAUUUGAAUGCUCAGACUGUGGGAAGAGAUUUAGACAGAAAACUCAUCUUCAGAAUCAUGCAAGAUCCCACACAGGGGAGAGGCCUUUUGAAUGCUUAGAGUGUGGAAAGAGAUUCAGUCACAGUGGCACUCUUCUGAAUCAUCUAAGAACACACACAGGGGAGAAGCCUUUUGAAUGCUCAGAGUGUGGGAAGAGAUUCAGUCACAGAAAGACUCUUCACGGACAUCAAAGAACCCACACUGGGGAGAAGUCUUUUGAGUGCGAUAAACGGACAUAG